AACGCGUAGAAGAAGAAGAAGCGUCCUUUUUUAAAAGCCAGUUCCGUUGAACGGCCGCAUCGACGUUUCAGCCGCACGACGGAAUUGAACAGGAACAACAGAAGAGAACGUUUUUUUUUGUUUUGUUUUUGUUUUAUUUUUAUUUAAACGACACCUCGCGCUCAACGUGCUUGUUCGCGGUCUCUCUUGAACGCGGACGCGCCGCUUUGGGGGAAUCGCAGCUGGCCCUGACGAAUAGGCGCCGACCCGACUCCAUGGACAACCUGGACUUCUCCGAAGAGGAGAUCCGGCAGCAGCUGGCGCUGCUGGGAUACGCCGACGUCCCCGACCGCAGACUGCGAGAGUUCAAGCGAGAUCUGGAGCGGCUGAUUCAAAACGGCGGCGGGCCCGACGACGCGCCCGUCACGUCCGCCGGUGACAGGGGGGAGCCCGGACCGCCCGCCUACACCGAAGAGAAAGGCGACCGCUUCGGCAGACGCUUCAUCAAGAGGAAAGUCCUGCGGAAGCGCGAAGGACGCUCGCUGGUCUGCGACGAAUCCAUCUACAGCCAAGAAGAUGGCUCCGCUUCGCUGCCCGAUCGCCUGUCCCAGCUGCGCUUAGGCGAGGCGGAAAACCACCACGCCGGCGUCCUGAGUGACUCCGUGGAGGGAGUUUCCCUCAGCACCUCUAUGACGCGAUCGAGAAGCGAGAGCGACUUCCGCGCAAAACCCAAAUCCUUCAUCCGACCGCUCAUGACGCAGCAGACGAUCAAGAAGAUGGACCCGGUGGCCAGGUAUUUCCACUACAAGCAGCUGUGGGACCAGCUCAAGCUCCCCGGAGAGCGAGACCACCGGGAACUCCGCUGGGAAAUCAGGGAGCGACUCGCCUACCGGCCGCCGGCCCCCAAAGCUCGACGGAGUUUGGCGGCCAAUGGCUACGUGAUCCCCACGGACAAGAAGCGAUCGGCUCUGCGCUGGGAAGUCCGCAGCCUCAUGGCGCACCCCCACCUGCCGCACAGGUUCACCUGCCGCUUCUGAAGCACCCGCAAAGCUGGGGGCCUUUUUUUCCUUUU